UAACACAUUGUUAAUCUUUACUUCUGUCUGUCACUGGGUUUUCCGAUUGCAUGAUGAAGACUUUGAUUGCUUGUUUCUUGCUGCUUUUGGUAUGAUGGGUCCGUUGUCUGACUGAUUAUUUCCAGAAUUUGGAGAAUAAUCGGUGAAAGUCAGGUCUGUGUGGAUAAAUUUUCUACUUAUCUUGAUGUUUUCAACUACAUUUGGUUUUGGUGUACUGGGGUUUUGAUGUGUUUGGGGGUAUUGCGCAUCGGUUAAUGGUGGAUUGCUGUUUAUCUGUACACUAUGAGUUUGCAGUUCAUCGACUAGGUUUUCAAUAGUUAAAUAGUCGAGUUACUACGUUCUUUAUAUUCGUUUGUUUCUACGCUGAUUGGUACAUGAGCCCAGAAGUAAAAUCGAUUUGUACGUGAACCAAGAAGCAAAACGUUUCUACUCCUUAUUUGCGUGUAUGCCUGUACUUUGAAUUUUGAUGUCGAACAAGUUCUGUAGCUUCAAAAUCAGCAAGGAAUGAAAACGUUUCAAGAAAAUAUUGCUGACUAUGGUCAAACUGUACAGUAUGUACCACAGAUGGAAUGAUGUUGGUGUUAGAUAUAUAUAAAUAUCAAAAUUUAUAUCAAUUCCCUUUUACCUAUGUCAUGAUGCUCAUGGGCUUUUUGCAUUUGUUAAGGCAAGGUCAUCAGAGAGUGAAGCUAUUGUACUCUUAUGUUUUCUGUUUUGGAAAAGAGAGAAUUGCUGACUGCUGUUUUUUUCGAAGUUCCUGAGUUAGUAGACGAACAACUAGGUUUUUUUUCAACUACCUUCACUGUAUAAAAAUUGCACUAUACUUUCUGGUAUGCUACUGUGAGCUUCUUUGUUUCAUCUAAUUAAAGUGUUUUCAUAAGUUAUUUUACUGAUAACAAUACUAUUUCAACCUUAGUGCAUGUAUUUACAAGAGUAAAUGCAGAAGUAUUGUAAUCCAAUAGAACAAAUAGCCCCUAAAAAUGCUAGCCAGAUAUGAUGCAAUUUCGGUCGAUGAAGGAAGUAUGUUUUUGCUAUGUGAUAUUUACAUUUAUUGGUAAAAGGGUCAGAAGCAAAUUUCUGAACCCAGCUAAUCGGUUCUGUUUAAGUUGUUAAAGAUGUCGACUAUUCAAAAUGCCAUGAGGUUUUGAAAAAUAAGUCGUUGAACAUGUUUUCAUUAUGAUUGCUGUUGUGGAAAAUCUCUAGGAACAGAUGUGAACCAUGUUAUUUAAGCUUUCUUAUUUCUGUUUUAUGGUUUCUUUUAGUUCGUUGUGUCCUAAAGUUUAUUGGCAAUUGGUUAUUCUUUCUUAUCUGAGAGUAUCUGGUAUAUAGAUUGUGAGGGUGACAGAUUUGGGGUUGGCUUCCUACGUUUUAGUGCUCACGAGGUACAGAAUUUUAGUUCAUCAUGUCGAGGCAACCUCAACUUCCGCCUCGCUGUCCAAUUCCAAAGACAAAUUCCUCAAAUUGUGAUCCUCUCUCUUCAGUCAUCUGCAAAGAUGAAAAGUCCGACGUGCGGCUCCAGAAAUCUGUAUCACAAAGUUUUGUUUUGGAGGAGCAGCCAGCGUGGUUAGAUGAUCUGUUGGGUGAUUGGGACCCAGGUUUCAAACAAAAAUCUCAUCGUCGUGCAGCUAGCGAUUCUGGAACUGUCUUGGAUGGCCUUGUUGAAUUGCCGAGUCUGAACACAGAAAAAGUUGAUAAAAAUGCAUGUUCUAGAGAUGCAUGUACUGCUGCUACUGCAUUGGAGUCUGCUUGUAUAUAUGGUCCUAACUCACCUCGGAGCAAGGAGAAAGUAUCCAUUCAAGAGAAUGCUAUAGUCUCAGCUUUAUCAGAGUAUGCUUCUCAUGGUCCUGUGCAAUAUGUGGAUAAAGAUCUUUUCCUUUCUGGAUUUCCACAACUUGAUUCAGUACAAGAUACUUGUGGUUCAGCUGGUGAAGUCGGUAUUGAGGCUAAGCCAUUUAAAAGGCACAAUGCUCAACGGUCACGAGUACGUAAACUCCAGUAUAUAGCAGAGCUGGAAAGAACUGUUGAAAAUUUUCAGAAUGUCGUGUCAGAAUUGGCUGUUAGAGUUGAUUCUCUGGUAGAGCAGCGUCUUUAUUUGUCUCUGGAGAACAAGCAACUAAAGCAGCACUUGGCCAGGCUGCAGCAGGAAAAGUUUGUCAUGGAACGCCGAUACCAGUGCAUGAGAAAUGAAGCCGAGGGGUUGAAACGUGGUGUACUCAAUGGCAGCAGCAAGGUACGAACACAUUUUAGAUCAAAUUCUAGUGGUGAUGCUGGGAAAUUGAAUGUAGAACCUAGUUGGCAUAUGAUCGACAUGGGAAAGCUUCAUAUUAACUGAAGAAUUUUGGUAGCAAGCAUUAGAAGAAGCCCCCCCAGCCCCCAGGUAAAGGUAAUGGUUUUCUGCAGAUAAUGGCAGUUAAGUUGCAGCAUACAAUAUUCUAGGAAGAAGCACAGUUUAUUUCUCUUUUGAAGCUCAGAAACUCGUGGAUAUUUGAACUCGUCUCUAGGUUGUAAUACGACUGACGUUAGAGGUUGUGGGUUCAAAUCCCUUCUACCUUUUUCCAGUUAAAAAACCUAUGUAGACGA